GAAAGAUUUUCCAGGCUUCUAAUUUGGCACGAAGCGCUGAAGCACGACUUUAUUACUUGAUAUAUUAGAAAACAUAUUAUGCUGAAGCCUGGAGUAUCUCUAAUAUAGGCAAAUGGAAGGUUAAAGGAACUACUGUCCUCCAGUAACUAUCAAUAAUUAACAAAUUCCACAAUCAAAUCAAGCGACUAUGUAGCCCAGGUUACGAGGGAUGUCUUUUAAGUUUCGCAUAUAGAAACAUAGUAGGCUGCGCGGAUCGAACGUCAAUACCUGUGGAGGAGGCAUUCUUUAAAUGUGAAAUGAAAUGGUGUCUAAAUGCCAUGCAAAACGUUACUUAAUAACAAACAAAAUUAUUGAAACUCGCUGACCGACUUGCUUGCUAGCGCAGUAUCGCUGACCCAGCACAAUCAGACGAAAAGUGCGAAAAAUAUGUGCAUAUUCAAUUUGCGGUAUUAACCGCGGUUAAGUGGAACGUGUUUUGGAUAUUUUUGGGAUGGACGCCCCAAAAAUUGUGAGCGGAGUUUUGAAAAAUGAGGUCGCCAAGGAAAACAAUGGGAGUACGUGCUCGACACAGGAACCGGAUGGAAUGGUGACUAUUGAUCUGAAUGCUGAUAAGUUCCAGAAAAGCAUCGAAGAUCUCAAGAAAACCGUUGAAUCAGAACCAAAAAAGGUGAAAUACAAGCUACAGUUAGUAUACACAGCUGCUAUAUAUCUGAUGCUUUUGAGCGUUAUAGUGCUUGGGAUCGUCAUAUUUGUGAGUCAAAGAAUAGAUAUAUUCAAAACAAGAAGAGCGAAAGCUGUAAAUGAAGUGAAAACCAGCAUUGCAAACUAUCAGUCAAAAGGGCAAACAGAUACGUUGUUGGAUUGUUUAGUCAACGAAUCUUUCGAAAAAUGUUGCAACGAGUUUUUGAUCAGCACACCAGAGUUGAUAAGUUAUUGUCGUUCAGACCACGGCAUCAAUGACUUAGUUGUAACAAUGCUAGAGGCCAACUUGCAGCGUCGAAGAAGACACAUACCUCCAGCUGCACUAGACUCAAUUGGAAAGCAUAUUCCAGAAGACUUUGAUAGAUAUUUACAAUACGAAUAUCAAAAUGACUACGAUACACAUGACACUAGUGUUCGUGAUUACAUGGAUUCAGCUCAUCAUGAUGAUAUCGCAAGGAUGGAUCAUCAAAGCAGUUAUGAAGGUCACAUGGAUCAACAUGCAAAUGUCGACAUGCUAGGCACCCAGAAUCAACACAAUUUUGCAGAUGAUUACGACUAUCCAAACCCAGGUCUUCCCUUUCAAAGCGAGUUAGGCAGGGUGAUACAUCAACUUCCUCUAGAAGCAAUCCAUGGGGAUCACCAAUACGAUCCAAUAAAUCAUUUUACUGGAAACAUUUUCGAUGAUCAAGGCAAUCACCAACGUGGAGACAUUGACCCAACACUUUACAAUGAUCACAGCUUCGUAGACCAUCAGGUAUACCUCAAUCCAGACAGAACUGAUGAUAUUAUGAGGACAAAUGCACAAAUGGUGCCAGAGGCCACAGUCCAAAAUCAGCACAAUGUAAAUUUUAUAGAAAACAAUUUUGACCUUCAAACAGAUCAUUUAAAUAUCCCAAGAAUGGGCCAACAAAACUUCGAAGGCAGUCACGAAACUUCUCCAGUUUCAAGAAUUUCAGACAAUCAGGAGGAUUUCAGUAGUCAUCUCUUAUCUACCAAGACGUCUAGCCACAUUAAUACACACGCUUUAUCACACGCAAGCAGUGCGACACAAGAACAUGACAACACAGAAUUGCACGUUGGACCAAAUCUUCCACAGCCACACCAAUCGAUAGACCAUAUCAAAAGUCAAGUUCACAGAAUCCUAAGUGUUGAACCCAAGCACGAGGAUCACCAUGAUGGCUUAUCGCCUAAUGAGCCAAUUUCACGAAGCGGCAAUCCACCCAAUCAGAUGCAAUUCAGAAGAUAUCCUUCACAAGGCCACCAGUCAUUAAGUCGUAAUCCAGAAGAUGACUCUAUAGAUCCUAUAUUUGGCAGGUUGCCAUCAGACGAAGUGACAGAUCCUCCUAUAUCUUCAAGUCCCAUUCCAAAUACGUUCAUCACUCCAGAUGAUGUAACCAAAGUAUUGGACCUGGAUCUUAGUAAAGUAAAUAAUAGUACCAAUAUGAGACUUAGCAAUGUAACACUAGCUACCAAUCGGAAUCUAAACCUAGAGGAUGACUUUAGCGAUGAUACUUUAGUUGGCAGGUUACCAUCAGAUGCAGUAACAGAUCCUCCUAAAUCUUCAAGUCCCAUUCCAAAUACAGUCAUCACUCCAGAUGAUGUAACCAAAGUAUUGGACCUGGAUCUUAGUAAAGUAAAUAAUAGUACCAAUAUGAGACUUAACAAUGUGGCUCUAGCCACCAAUCGGAAUCUCAACCUAGAGGGUGAUACUAUAGUCGGCAGGUUGCCAUCGGACGAAGUAUCAGAUCCUCCUAAGUCUUCAAGUCCCAUUCCAAAUACAGUCAUCACUCCAGAUCAUGUAACCAAAGUGGUGGACCUGGAUCUCAGUAAAGUAAAUAAUAGUACCAAUAUGAGACUUAACAAUGUGGCUCUAGCCACCAAUCGGAAUCUGAACCUAGAGGAUGAUACUAUAGUCGGCAGGUUGCCAUCGGACGAAGUAUCAGAUCCUCCUAAGUCUUCAAGUCCCAUUCCAAAUACAGACAUCACUCCAGAUGAUGUAACCAAAGUGGUGGACCUGGUUCUUAGUAAAGUAAAUAAUAGUACCAAUAUGAGACUUAGCAAUGUAACACUAGCUACCAAUCGGAAUCUGAACCUAGAGGAUGACUUUGCAGAUGAUACUAUACUCGGCAGAUUGCCAUCAGAUGAGGUAACAGAUCCUCCUAAACCUUCACGACCCAUUACAAAUACCUUCAUCGCACCAGCGGAUGUUGUAAGCAGAAUAUUGGAUAUGACUACAAAAUCAACGCCUCCGAAUAAAUUCAAGAGUUCUACUACUAUUCCAAAUGAUGCGAAUGACGAUUUCCCUAAUAGGAGGAGAAUAAAUGUUAGUAAAGUGAGUAACGGUACGAAUGCAGCACUAGCCUCUAGUCAGAAUAUGAACCUAGAAGAUGACCUAACAGAUGAUACAAUAGUUGGUAGGUUGCCAUCAGAUGAAGUAACAGAUCCUUCAACUGCACCCAAACCUUCAAGUCCCACUCCAAAUACGUUUAUCACUACAUAUGACGUAACCAAAGUAUUGGAACUGACUACAAGGACAACGCUCUUGGGCCAAACCGUUACUCCAAUUGAUGAAAGUGGUAAUUCUCCUACAAGCAAGAUUUUAGAUGUUAGUAAAGUAAAUAAUAGUACCAAUAUGAGGCUUGGCAAUAUAGCACUAGUCAGUGAUCGGAAUAUGAACCUAGAUGAUGACUUUACAGAUGAUACAAUACUCGGCAGGUUGCCAUCAGACGAGGUAACAGAUCCUCCAAAAUCUUCAAGUCCCAUACCAAAUACCUUCAACCUAUCAGACCAUAUUAUAAACAGAAUUCUGGACCUAACUACGAAAGCAACGCUUUUAAAUGAAACCGUGGGGUCUACUAUAAUUCCAGAUGAUCGAACUGAUAAUACUCCGAAAAGAAGGAAAGUAAACACUAGUAAAGUAAGCAAUACUACGGAUAUGAGACUAGUCAAUAAUCAGAAUAUGGUCUCACAAAAAGGAUUGGCUCCUCAAGAUAUGGGUGAACCCUGGAAACCAACAGAUCCAAGGAACAGGCUAAACGAAGAAGAUAAUCGUCAGAAACCGAAACUAGACUUUUCAGCUACAACCGAUUUCCAGUCCAACCAACAAGUAAUGGUCAACCCCUGCUUCCUCCAAUACAUGGCACAGCAAAUGAAACAGCCUCUCCCAUCGGAUGGAAGUCAACUUCUGCGGAUAGUUCCAAUGAACCAACCAAGGAUGCCUCCGCAGUACAUUCUCAAUCCUUCAAUGUACCCGUACAUGGGGCAGCCUCCAUAUAUGCCGUUCGCUCUUCCACCGCAAUACAUGAACCCACUACAAGCAGCUCCAGCUCAGCAGCAAAGCACUCCAGUGCAAGUUGCUGGUCCAGGAGGACAGUACUAUCUGUGCAACCCAAUUCCGGCACCGAUCGGCAACAUUGCUUCUAUGUCAGGAAUUGAAGUGCGUAGGACAGCGUCUAACUUACAGGAUUUGUUGAGGAACUUCAAGCCAAAGGUUGGGAUAAGCAACCAAACCCGCGAGUCUUCAAUUAUUUGCCCAGAUCAACAAUUCACUUGCAUGGAUCAAAACAAAUGCAUCCCAAUGUAUCAGCGAUGUGACAGCGAAGUGCACUGUGACGACGCUAGCGACGAAGUAGGAUGCUCCUGCAAAGAUAGGGUGGGCGUUUACAGGUUGUGCGAUGGAUUUUUCGAUUGCCCAAAUGGAGAAGAUGAACUUGGAUGCUUUGGUUGUUCAGAGCACGAGUUCAGUUGUGAUGAUUGGUCAAAGUUUAGAAAGAGCACUUGCAUCCCAAUUUGGCAACGUUGCGACAACAUUCGACAAUGCGAGAUGACUGGGAGAGAUGAGGAAGAUUGCUCCAUACUGAGUGACAACGUUGGAGACCAACCCUUGUUAAAAAUCUCGAAUACAGUGGGAUUUUUGCAUAGAAACUGGAAGGGAAAAUGGUAUCCAACGUGUUUUGGUUUCGAAAAAUGGGCUACAGAUGCAUGUAAAAUUGAGGCUGGACCAAGUAUAAUAUCGCCAAGAUCCCACAUGAUGCCCAUGGAUGACAACUACGACGGCGAAUUCGUCAGUAUAGCUGCAAACAACAAGGUAGAACUGGUUAAAAGCUGCCUACCAGAACAGGCUGCAUUUGUGGAAUGCCCACCGCUGUAUUGCGGCCUUAGAGUGAAGAUCAAGAAUCCUUAUCGUCACCAAGAAGUCGACACUAGUGCUGAGACGAUCCUGAAUGAGCUGGGAAGGAAGGCGAGGUCAGCAGGAGAAGUUUGGAACAUCGCCGAGAACGAUAUAGGAGAACAAGACGUCAACGAUACCGCCCAGUCAAUUCUGAGCAGUGUGGGAAGAAUUGCGAAACCAGCAGAUGAUGAAAAGGAGGAAGAAAAUCAUCUGAGAGUUGUUGGUGGAAAACCGAGUCAGCCUGCAGCAUGGCCGUGGCUGGUGUCCAUCUACAAGAACGGAAUUUUCCAUUGCGGUGGAGUGCUUAUGAAUGAAGAAUGGAUUAUUACAGCAGCACACUGUGUGGACAGAUACUGGCAAUAUUACUACGAGAUUUCAGCCGGAGCGUUGCGUCGUUUCUCGUAUUCGCCAAUGGAACAGACUAGAUGGGCAACCAUUGCCAUUCCUCAUGAAGACUACGACAGAUCUACGUUGACCAACGACAUUGCAUUAAUCAAAAUGUCAUCUCCAGUGCGUUUCAACAGGUAUGUAAGACCAAUAUGUCUCCCAUCAGAUGCCACUGCUGGAGAGAGUUUCAUCAACGCACCUCCUCCUGGAGAGAUCUGCACUACUGUAGGAUGGGGAGCAACCGUAGAGCAUGGCAUUGACCCUGACCACAUGCGUGAAGUGGAGGUCCCGGUCCUCGCGACUUGCAAGCACGCCGAAGAUCGCAUCAACAACGCAGCUAUCUGUGCCGGUCUUCUAUCUGGAGGAAAAGACGCUUGCCAAGGAGACAGUGGCGGACCUUUCAUGUGCAGAAAUCCAAAGAAUCCUACGCAGUGGUACUUGGCUGGUAUUGUCAGCCAUGGAGAGGGUUGUGCUAGACCAAAUGAGCCUGGAGUGUACACGAGAGUUAGCAAACACCUUGGAUGGAUUGCUGAUAAUGCACGAGACGACAUGUUGGUACCGAGAAUUCCCCUGCAAAAAUGUCCAGGAUACGUCUGUGAAGGGACUAAAAGGUGCCUUCCUAUAAAGCAUUAUUGCGAUAAAAUCGUGGAUUGCUUAUUUGGCGACGACGAAGUGAACUGUAGAAGCAAGUCUCACCACAAAUUUCACAGAAGCAACGACUUCCUCGUAUCCACAAGAAAAAAUGAGUUCUCGAACGUUACGCAAAUAGGUGGAAAUAAGACGCAAAUGAAAUUAGAAGGUCGACCCCGAUCAAGUGGUGUAUCAGAAGACACCAGAAUCCCAGAAAAUAAUAGUUCUAUAUCAAAACAAUCACAAUCAGUAGAUACGUUGGAGAGUGAAAUGAUCACACCAGCAGAUCCUGGAAGAGGUAGUAGCACCGUUUUGGAUAAGAGCACGCCAACGCCAAUACCUGUGGAGGAGGCAUUCUUUAAAUGUGAAAUCAUGCUCCAGCUCAUACCUAUGAAGAAGAAAUGUGACAAAGUGUAUGACUGUGAAGAUGGAACAGAUGAAACAAACUGCCUUUGCGUGGAUUACCUCAAAGUUAUCAACGAUUCGUGCAUAUGUGAUGGCAUAACAGAUUGUGAUGACCUCUCUGAUGAAGCAGAUUGCAAUAAAUGCAUGGGCAGCAAUGAAUAUUACUGCAGAAGAAGUGGGCAGUGUAUCGAGUUGUCUAAGCAGUGUGAUGGGGUUUCAGACUGUAAUGAUGGUGAAGAUGAAUGGGAUUGUGUUACUUUGACAAGAGGCAGAUUUGUCAUCCUAGAUGCAAAUGUGCGUCCAGAGCUUUCGACCAGCGGCAUCCUCACCAUCAAUCAUCUGGGUACCUGGAAGGCUCUUUGCACCAACAGAUCCACGGUUCUGCCGUCUCUUGCAAGCACCACUUGCACGUCAGUAGGAUUUGAAGACUAUGUAUCCUUCCACGUGUUGCAUGUUCCAGAUAUACCGUUAGAAGUUUCCGUUUUGAAUGUGGUGCGGACCAGUAGUGAUACUUUGCAAUCAGAAGAUACUACCAUUCCUGGAAAUUGUUCUGCACUCUACGUCAAAUGCUCGGAUGUAUUCUUAGCAGAGUCAGAUAGUUCUGUGAAGUACGAGUUACCGUGGAAUGCGAUAAUCUAUAUCGAUGGAAAAUAUAGAUGCAUGGGAACUAUUGUUGGACCCAGUUCAAUAAUCACACAUCUAGAUUGCCUCCAAGGGAUCACAGAUUUGCAGGGUAACUACGUUGUCGCUCUAGUUGGAAAAGGAGAAGAAAACAUUGGAGUUAGAGGGCCACAUGAAAAAAUCAUCAGGGUUACAGGGGCAAAGGAGGUAGCCAACAAUAUUGGUGCAAUACUGAGUCUGGCACAAAAUAUUACCUUUAGCAGAUACGUUAGACCUACAUCUGUCACCUACAGAAAUACUGCACGUCGAAGGGAAAAUUGUCUAGCUACUGGGCUGCACAAUGAUAGAGUUGAGUAUGUACCGUUGGCACAAGAUGAAAAUUGUGAGAGAGAAGGGAGAUGUCUAAAUGCAGAUAUUCCAGCUUGUCAGGAAUCUACCCAGUGGAUUGGAACUAUAGUAUGCGAAUCUGGAAGUGGAUGGUAUCCCGUAGCUGUGUUUUCAAGAGAAAAUGGUUUUUGUCACAACUCCACUAAGAGCAGCUUCAGCGAUCUUGGUCCGUUUAGGAGUGAAAUACUCAACGUAAUCGCAGGACGAAAAACCUCUCCCGCUCCAGCAGCGGUGCCGCCAUGCCUCCUACACGACGGAUUCAGAUGUGAAUUAGGAGAAUGCAUAAAUAACAAGAAGACAUGCGAUGGGUUGCCAGAUUGCAGAGGAGGCGAAGACGAACACGAUGAGGUGUGCAAGGACAGACACGGCUGUCAUCCAAGUGAGAUGCGUUGUACAGGCACCCACAAAUGCAUCCCCAAGCACGCCUAUUGCGAUGGAAUUAACGACUGUGGCGACAAUGAAGACGAACCAGAUGUUUGCAGCUGCGGCGCUUACUUGCAGCUGACAGAUUUCACAAAAAUAUGUGACGGAGUCCUAAACUGCGCUGACAAGACUGAUGAAGACCAGCAAGUUUGUCCAUGCAGAGAUACCAGCUUCAGAUGUAAUAGGUAAUUUGCCUAUCGUAUGUUUUUAUGU